CAAGGAAGGGCAAGAUAGAUCUGCUCGUUUAUCAAAGUGAAGUACAUUUUUAUAGAUGGUGUAGUACUCAACCCUUUGAUGGAGCAUUAUGGCAGUGCCUAAUAAAGUGCUGACGCUAGUAAUGAUCAAGGAAGACACCCGUAUCUUGUUAGGGAUGAAGAAACGAGGCUUUGGUGUCAAUCGUUGGAACGGUUUCGGCGGGAAAGUUGAGCAUGGGGAGAGUAUUGCAGAAGGUGCCAAAAGGGAAGUGGAGGAGGAAUGCGGACUAAUACUGACAGAAUUUGAGAAAGUAGGGAGACUAGACUUUGAGUUUGUUGGAGAGCCACAGAUCUUGGAGGUCCACGUCUUCAGAGGUGACAAGUACGAGGGAGAACCACGAGAAACAGAAGAAAUGAGGCCUCACUGGUUUCCACACGACGCCAUUCCAUACAAGGACAUGUGGCCAGAUGAUAAAUUGUGGAUACCAUGGUUACUCAAGGGGAAAAAGUUCAAAGGGUAUUUCAAGUUCGAAGGUCACGACAACAUUCUGGACCUUCGGUUAGACAAAGUAGAAAGCUUAUAACUGACCGAGGGCAGCAACAAUACAGACAAACACGGAUUGUGUUGCUCAGGAAGCGAACAGGGCCCAAUUCGCAGUAGAUUUUACUGUGUGAGGUCAGGUGUAGACUUGUGGACAAGUCGUUAAAUGAUAACGUUCCGACUCUCUCCGUGAUUCUUUGCGACACUUGCGGUAUUUUCGCGAGAAUGCUGGCCCCCCGCGAGACUACUGCUCACGACUACGGUUAAUGGGGGAGAAGUAGUCAGCAGCCAGCAGUUUUGAGCAAGAGCAGUGAUCUCGCGAAAGAAAUUUUCGAUAACGGAAACCUGAAUCAUUACGCCACCACUACAGCUCGACUAUCUCACUGCGACAGACCAUUAACGACUUGUACACAAGUCUAGCUCAGGUGUGGACCAAAUGUACUUGAUGCAAAACUAGUAUGAUGGACUAGCUCUUCCAUCUUUGUUAUUAUUAUGAUUAUUUAUUCAACCAUGGAUACACGGAAAAACAUACAGGCAGUCAAAAUAAUAAAAAAACUCUAAUUGUGAUGUAAUGCAAAUAGCCAAUGAAGAGCCCUGUUGCGGUAAAAAAUAAGGUCAAUUUUUUAUAAAGCUUGUAAGCAGACAAUUUCUGCUUACAGAGCAACCCUCACCAGAGUUUCUGUUUCAUAAACAAUAUUUACAGUAAGCAAAGUAAUAAAAACACGCUAGCUUGCCAGUGGUUUUUGUAAGCAAGGCCCAAAUUCAUAAAGCUGUGAAGCAGGAACAAACUGCUUGAGAAAUGUCUUCGCUUAGCAAAAAUUGAGUUAGGCACCAGUCACAUCAUUGUAAACCGUAUGUAAUUUAUGCUGGUAACCUGUUUAUGUUUAGCAAUACUUGUCUCUGCUUAGAAAUUUUGUGUGCUUACUGCUUACAGGCUUUAUGAAAUUGGGCCCGGAUGAGCGAAGUAACUUUGCAAAUCCAUUGUGAACGCACAAGCACGAUGUUAAUAUCUCAUUUACACAUGUUGUUCUGUUAAAGUAAUCUCCAAAAUUUGCUUACUAACUGGCAAACAGCUUUAUAAAAUUAGAACCCAGGUUAAAGUAAUAAUAUUCUUUUAAUUGUGUAAUGAGCAACCCUCAAUCUAGAUGAGGGAUAUACUAGUGGGCCAACAGAGAUAGAGUCAAAUAAAAGUAAAGGAGAAUGCAUAAAAGAACAUUAGUAAGAUUGUGACAAUGAAGUAUUCCUAGAUUAACACAAUGUUACAUGGAGUAAAGUAGAUUGCCAAGUUGGCAACAUUUUAAAUAAGACGAUCAGAGCAUACUGAACGAAACGUCGAGUUGAAACCAACGGUUCUUUUCAGACCAACCCCAACUCAUUAG